AGCUUGAUACAAGUUAAAGUUUUCUAAACAUUAUUUAUUUUCUUGUAGAAUUUUCACCACUUUGAAUGAUUUUCUUUAAUAUGUAUAGAAUUUGAAAGUUAUUAUUUUAUUUUAAACUAAAUUUUCUUUAUAAAGUAUGAAUUCUAAUUACGUACUUGUUGUCGUCGUACAUUUUAUUUGUACAUUUCUUGUCCUUCGUACUCUUUUUCAUGUCGGCCCAAGUUUUAUAAUUGAGUCCAUUAACUGUGGAAUGACAUUAGCUUCUGUAGCUCUCAUUGGAUGGCUCACCUUUCGAUUUACCAAAACAAAAUGGUUAAAUGAUCGAGUUCAGCCGGAUGGAAAAGCUGCUCUAAUCACAGGUUGUGAUCGAGGAUUUGGUCAGGCACUUGCUAUUCGCUUAGAUUCCCUAGGUUACCAUGUAUUUGCAAGUUGUCUUUCACCAUCUGAUCCAGGAGUUCAGAAUUUCAAGAAUAAAUGUUCCAGUCGUCUGCACGUUUUAGAAAUGGAUGUUACGAAGGAAAACAGUGUUCAGGCUGCUUUAGAAUUCGUUAAGGAAAACCUGAGUACUUCAGAGCUUUGGGCCGUCGUCAACAACGCUGGUAUUUUUAAAGGACUUCCUGUUGAAAUAGCUCCAUUGCAAGAUUUUAAAACUUGUCUUGAAGUUAAUACUUAUGGUCCAUUAAGAGUUACCAAAGCAUUUUUACCUUUGUUGAGAAAGUCGAAAGGCAGAGUUAUAAAUUUGACAAGUAUUGGUGGCAGAAUAUCACUACCUGGAUUAACACCUUACACAGUGAGUAAAUUUGCAACAGUAGGGUUCAACGACUGUUUAAGACAAGAAAUGGAUGUCUGGGGUGUUUCUGUUAUAUCUGUGGAACCGGAAAUAUUUCAAACUGCCAUGGCAGAUCCAAAGCUAUUUUUCAAGCACAUCGAAGAGAAUUUGAGUAAUUUAGAUAAAACCGUUAAAGACGAUUAUGGAGAUGAAUAUUUUAAAUCCAUAAGAAAGUUAACAAGAAUCGUCCUUGAUCUUGCUUCACCUAAAAUUGAAAAAGUAGUCGACGAUUUGGAGUCUGCAAUUACGCUUGAAUAUCCAGAUCGGGUGUACACGCCUUGUAGAAAUUUAUUAUUUAAAUUUUUGCUGUCCGUUCACAAAGUUUUGACUCUGGUUGUACAAGACACUAUCAUAAAAGUCUUUACAUUCUUUUUCUUAUUUAAACACUUGAAACCAGGAACAAUAUAGCUGAAUUGAAUUUUUAUGCUUACAAAAUAAUAUUUAGCCUCCUUUAAAUAAACAAAUAUAAAAAAAAUACAUGAUUUAAAUACAGUGAAGUUUAAAACAUAUAUUUCAUACAAUUUAAAUAGCAGAAAUAAUUUUUUAAGACAGAUAUACUUCAUAAAUAAUUCAAGUUGUCUGUAGAACUAUAUCAUUGUUAAGUAUAAGAAAAAACGUCAUAAUGCUAGUGAAAAUCAACUCUUCAAUCGUUGAUCAAAAUUUUAUUGAAGUUCUCCAGCUACUGCUAGGUCAUUUCUAUAUCGAACAUGUAAUUUUAGUGAACGAAUAUUUGUUUAAAACUUUGGCUAUCUUAUACAAUAAACAACAAGAAAACACAAGUUAGACAAAUAGUAAGAAAGUAGACGGGAUAUUCCUAUGUCUUGCAGUAGAAAAGCAUAUAGCGUCCUCUACUACUGUAGAAAUCACUAUACAACUUUGCUUGAGAUACUCUAAAAUUUAAAUUACUAAGUACUGUUAAUAAUAAGUUAUUAACAGAUAUUUGUAAUUUGAACACAUGAAAUUAAAUUAAUCUUUAUCACUAAUAUUUUUCAUACUAAAAACCACCCCAACAUUGUCGGUCAAGUUGGUCAUAGAGGUUAAAAUCUAUAAAUGUGAGACCAGUGGCAUAAAUGCAUUUUUUAAACAGUGACGAUAUUUAAAGGGGUAUCCUAUAUUGUUAUUAUAUGCAUGUAUGAUACAUAAAUAUAAUGUAUGCAUCACAUAUACAUGCUUCUAAACAUAGGCAGCUUCAAUAUCCUCUUAUGCUUUGUACAUUGAAAAUAAAAUAUUUUGAGAUGUUUAA